UCGGCUCAGUCUCUCUCGGACCGGACGACGACACGCGUGCUUAUACAACGGACAACGUCCCCCGAUACAUGUGAUACUCGGUGUUCCAGUGUACCAUGGUGACAGUGUUUUUCGUUAGGAGUAUACGGAAUCAGUGACGAUUUAUAAAGGAAGCGAAGAAGGCCGAUCUCUCGCGCACCGCUUUCUAUCCGGCGGCGAGAUGUCGGUGAUGCAGAAGCGACAGCACUGCUACCUGUGCGAUCUGCCGCGCAUGCCGUGGGCGAUGCUGCACGACUUCUCCGAGGCGGUAUGUCGGGGCUGCGUUAACUACGAGGGCGCCGACAGGAUCGAGGUGGUCCUCGAGACCGCGAGACAGUUGAAACGCGCCCACGGUUUCCAGGAGGGACGCGCUCCGACCCACGUGAAGGGAGCCCACAGGGCGUCCAUGGAGCCUCAUCAGAACGGAGGGGAAUCCAACGCAAGAGGACAGCCGGCCCCUCCGGCUCACCACGCUCCCGCUGCCGGGUUCCCCUUGCAUCAUUCGAGGCCGGCCACGAACGCGGGACUCUUGGCCGAGUACGGGAGCCGCAGGGAGGAGCACGAGGGUAGGAGGAUGGCUCACGUACCUCUAGCCCACCUCCAGACGCACGGGGCUCGCCUGGCGCCAGGAUUGACCCUAAAGCGACCGUUGGACGAAGAUGACCAUCAGACACACCACGAGCCGACGAAGAGGCUACUGGAGGAGCACUCCCGGCCGCCGCUGACCCGGGGUGACUCGCUCCCGGCCGUGUCCCUGGCCGCUCCGUUCGCGCCGGACAGAGUCUUCAAACAGGAGAAACAUCCUCUCCGCACACCAUCAUUCGAUGCGUCCUCUUUUAAAUCUAACGGGUACGGUAGCGGCGCUCCGUUGACCAACGGCUCGGCAGGGUCUCCUCUGGGUCGCACCGCGGGGUCUCCUCCCGUGACGGGCGCGGCGGGCCCCUCGCCCAUGGCGGCCCUGAUGUCGGUGACGGACACCCUGCCGCCGGGCUCCCCGCGCUCCGCCGGCGGCUCACCCCCGCAACCUCCGCCCCAGCGCUCCGCGAGCCGGUCCAGCCAGCACUCGCCCAACUCCUCGGGCUGCGGUCCGACAGGGUCGAACGGCGGGCGGCGGUCGUCGGGGUCGCGGCACGUGUCCUCCACGACGUCAGUCUCGUCGUCGGAGGCGGGUGAGGGCGCGGACGCUGCGGCGCCGGCCCCCGCGCCGCUCCUCAAAUGCACCCUCUGCCAGGAGCGCCUCGAGGACACGCACUUCGUGCAGUGCCCGAGCCAGCCCCACCACAAGUUCUGCUUCCCGUGCUCGCGCGACUCCAUCAAGCGCCAAGCCGGCUCCGAGGUGUACUGUCCCAGCGGUGAGAAGUGUCCGCUGGCCAACUCGGCCGUGCCGUGGGCGUUCAUGCAGGGCGAGAUCGCCACCAUCCUGGGCGACGACUUCAAGCCGAAGAAGGAGCGCGAGACGUAGAGCAGCGCCGGCGGGCCGCAGUCAGUCCUCGCCCCUCCCCGGAGGAGGCCGGCUCGUCCGGCGCGCGCCGCGCGGCGUCGCUCUGUAUAUACGUGUACAUAACGCUCGGGCCGAUGAGGUCGGAGCCGCAGAUCCGCGCGACGUUCUGAAUACGCUACAUAUCCGUUUUGGAAGAUUUUUCGAUUCGUCUCGUGAUCGAGCGCCAUCCUCGGAUGCCAUUCUGUCAGUUACCUCUCCCCGGGCGCUCUCGCGCGUAGUGUUGUACAGUAGUAGAGGUCGUUUCGUAUAUUCGUAUCUUUCGUUUGGUGUGAGGAGUGCCCGAGUUCCGCGGUCGCUCGGCCCGGACCCUCGGCGCCGUUCGACGAUUGGGAGUCAUUCAAGUAGUGGUGAGUCGAGGCGGCGCCCGGCCCGGGGCCGCGCUAGUCAUUGUGUGAAUGUCAAUCGUCAGACCUUAUAGGAACUCUAAAACUCGCUGCUGUAUUUGUAUAAAGUGAACUAAUUAUCAUUAUAUUAUUAUUAUUAUUAUUCUCGUACGUCAUAACGUUAUCCCGCCCGCGGUGUCCGUUUCGAAGGCUAUCAGUCGAGGAGGCGCCAGUGUGUCGCGGCGCCUGUCCGCCAUGUUUUUAUUUAUUCUGUACAUAUCUGUGUUGUAUAUAUUCCGUGGUGUUGUACAUACGAGUCGCUCUGUAGUCGUCGGUGUCCGAGGCCGCUCCCUCGUUCCCUCGUCCUCUCGCCGUUCGUUCUCUUCGUGAGAUCUCUCGAUCGCGUCUGCCGCUGACGAGCGUCGUCUACACUAUGUUUUGUGUUUGGAGCCACUCGAUGUUUUUCUGAUAGAUUUCGAAAUCGACAUUUCCAGGAGCCGCCCGCGUUUCGGGUGUCGAUAAAGUUUCGCCAUGAACAUGGCGCCUUGUAAACGAUUGUAAGCACAGAGUGUGCGUAUUAUUUUAUUUCCUUCGAAAUGUUGGACGGCGACCCCGACUUGGUGAUAUUUUUUGUAUAAAUCGAGAGCCGCCCCGACUGUGAGUCGUGUCGGUGUCGCGUCGUCGCCCGUCCAACGUCUCGGAGGGUCGUAGUCCGCCUCAGUCGAUAGGCUUGUUAGAUGUCCACGAACAUUUGUCUGAAAUACGAGACUUGUAUCUUUCGACGAGCGAAAUGCUUCGAUUAAGACGUUAUUGUAAAUGUUGGUGAAAUACAAUUGAUGUGAUUUUGUAA